CUGGGCGCAGGGCGCUGCUGGGACUUGUAGUUCAAGGCCGGCUUGCCAUGGAGAGGCCGAUGUCCAGCGGCUCCUUGCUGGGCGAGAUUGGUUUCUGGGCUGACCGGACUCCGGUUCACGAAGCAGCUCGGGGCGGAGAGAUCCUGGAGCUGCAGCAGCUGAUCGAGAACGGCGCCUGCGUCAAUCUGGUGACCUUUGACUCCAUCACGCCCCUCCACGAGGCCAGCCUGCGUGGCCAGACCCAGUGCGUGAAACUCCUGCUGGCUGCUGGAGCCCAGGUGGAUGCCAGAAACAUUGACGGCAGCACCCCGCUCUGCGACGCCUGUGCCUCAGGGAGCAUCGAGUGCGUGAAAGUCUUGCUCUCCCACGGGGCGAAGGUCAACCCACCCCUCUACACGGCCUCCCCCCUCCACGAGGCCUGCAUGAAUGGCAGCGCCGACUGCGUACAACUUCUCAUCGAUGUGGGAGCGAACCUGGAAGCCCACGACUGCCAUUUUGGAACCCCUUUGCACGUGGCCUGUGCCAGAGAGCACCUGGAUUGCGUGAAAGUGUUGCUCAACGCAGGUGCCAACGUGAACGCCGCCAAGCUUCACGAGACUGCCCUCCACCACGCCGCCAAAGUGAAGAACGCCGAUCUGGUGGAGAUGCUGGUGGAAUUCGGAGGGAAUCUCUACGCCAGGGACAAUCGAGGAAAGAAACCUGCUGACUACAGCUGGCGCAACAGCCCCACCGCGAAGUGCUUUGAGUAUCAUGAAAAGACGCCCCUGACGCUCUCCCAGCUCUGCCGCCUCAGCCUUCGGAGAGCCUUCGGCCCGCGGGCCCUGAAGAGGAUCGGCCAGCUGCAGAUUCCUCAACGGUUUAUCGACUUCCUCUCCUACCAGUGACGAUUGAGGGAAAGG